AUGCUCACUGCAGCUCCCCACACCUCCUAUAACACACACUACCUGAGCAGCACGCUCACUGCAGCUCCCCACACCUCCUAUAACACACACUACCUGAGCAGCACGCUCACUGCAGCUCCGCACACCUCCUAUAACACACACUACCUGAGCAGCACGCUCACUGCAGCUCCCCAUACCCCCUAUAACCCACACUACCUGAGCAACACACUCGCUGCAGCUCCCCACACCUCCUUUAACACACACUACCUGAGCAACACGUUCACUGCAGCUCCCCACACCUCCUAUAACACACACUACCUGAGCAAAAUGCUCACUGCAGCUCCCUACACCUCCUAUAGCUCACACUGCCUGAGCAGCACGCUCACUGCAGCUCCCCACAUCUCCUAUAACAUACACUACCUGAGCAGCACACUUAUUGCAGCUCCCCACACCUCCUAUAACCCACACUACCGAGCACCACUCUCACUCCACCCCCCCCACACUUCCUAUAACACACACUACCUGAGCAGCACACUCACUGCAGCUCCCCAUACCUCCUAUAACCCACACUACCCGAGCACCACUCUCACUGAAUCCCCCCACACUUCCUAUAACACACACUACCUGAGCAGCACACUCACUGCAGCUCCCCACACCUCCUAUAACCCACACUACCUGAGCAGCACACUCACUGCAGCUCCCCACACCUCCUAUAACACACACUACCUGAGCAGCACACUUAUUGCAGCUCCCCACACCUCCUAUAAAACACACUACCUGAGCAGCACACUUAUUGCAGCUCCCCACACCUCCUAUAACCCACACUACCUGAGCAGCACACUUAUUGCAGCUCCCCACACCUCCUAUAACACACACUACCUGAGCAGCACGCUCACUGCAGCUCCCCACACCUCCUAUAACACACACUACCUGAGCAGCACGCUCACUGCAGCUCUCACACCUCCUAUAACACACACUACCUGA